AUGAAAAGAGCUAGCGAGCAGGACUCGAGCCUAAAAGCAGUGAAAACUAGCGAGUCCGAGAAGCCUAACCAAAGUACCCCCAAUGAGGAAGAAAUGGGCGAGUUCGAAGAUCCAUAUGGUGACGAUUUCGAGUCGGAAGAAGAGAUCUUCGAGGCCGGAGAAGACGGAGAGCCCGAUAAAGAGGACGGUGACGAGAUGGAAGAGGUAAGUGAGGAACCACAACACACCAGCAGAGUUUUUUUGCCAAAUAGAUCUGCUCCUCUUGGUGACAACGAGGUCAUGGAACCCGAUUAUUCUACCUACCAUAUGUUGCACUCUGUCAAUGUCAAGUGGCCCUGUCUCUCGUUUGAUAUUCUGCCAGACAACUUGGGUAUGUCUCGCAAGAUCUACCCUCAAACUAUGUAUAUUGUUGCCGGGUCUCAGGCUGAUAAAGCCAAGGACAAUGAGGUCUCGGUGCUCAAGUUCUCAUCGCUUGCAAAAACACUUAUUCGUGAUGAAGACGAUGACGAGGACGAAGAUGGAGACGAAGACUAUGAUGCAGAUCCUGUUCUUGAAUCAAAAUCCCUUCCUUGCUACUCCACAGUCAACCGUUUGCGUGUGACACCGUUUGCCAGCCCGACCAAAGAGUACUUGUGUGCUUCCAUGAUGGAAAACGGCGAGGUUCAGCUUUGGGAUGUCUCGCCUCAACUGAGAUCGAUUGACACACCGGGAUCCAAUGUCUCGAAACAGCAAAAUAAGCCCAUUUUCACCAUCAAGGCGCAUGGCAAGGUCGAAGGUUAUGCCGUAGACUGGUCUCCUUUGGUUUCGUCUGGUCAGCUUCUUACAGGUGACAUUUCCGGUAAAAUUUUCCUGACUUCGAGGACCACUGGUGGCUGGGUCACCGAGGCCAAACCAUUUUCUGCUAGCAACGGCUCUGUUGAAGACCUACAGUGGAGUCCUACAGAAAAGACUGUUUUCGCUGCCGGUGGAUCGGAUGGCCAUGUUCGUAUUUGGGAUGCUCGUCAAUCAGCCAAGCCUGCGAUCUCUGUCAAAGCUACAAAUACUGAUAUUAACGUGAUGAGCUGGAACCAUCAAGCUAGCCACCUCUUGGCCAGCGGCUACGAUGACGGCCAGUUUGGUGUUUGGGAUCUCCGCAGCUUCACCAGUGGGAAGCCUGUUGCUGAUUUCCAUUUCCACAAGCAGGCCGUCACUUCGAUUGAAUGGCACCCUAGCGAUGACUCUGUUUUGGCAGUAGCAUCUGAAGACAACACCGUUUCGCUGUGGGAUCUGUCUGUUGAAGCAGACGACGAAGAGAUCGCUGAACAAGCACGCCAAGCCAAGGGAGAUCUUGAUGAAAUUCCUUCACAGCUUUUGUUUGUUCACUGGCAGCCUAAUGUCAAGGAGGUUCACUGGCAUAAACAAAUCCCUGGUGCGUUGAUCUCAACUGGCAGCGACGGCUUCUCGUUGUGGAAGACUAUCAGUAUCUAG